UCACAGCAGUAAUUGGGCAGUAUUCACAGGUCUGGAUCCACUAGCUGUACCAAAUAUGCUGCACGAUCAAUAUGGACGACUCAGUUCUCGGGUGGUCAGCGACCAUUCCCGGUUCGAGCAUGUUCCUCCUCGGUUAAGAUCUAGAAACACUACCCCAACAUCUCUUGAUGACGAUAGACUGAGCAUAAUAACCUUCGACACCGUUGGUCCAGGAUUCCAACCAAGCACCCUGAAGAAGCCAGUGGUGACUGCUGGCAGACCACGUACUUUGAUCGAGAUUGCCGAAGCAAACCGAUCACUACCAAAGAUAAGAGAAAGAGGCCCCACCCCUCCAGAAAAAGAUGAACAUAUCAAGCGGCUCAACCCCUCGUAUCACGACUUACACGACAAUGACUUGAUCUACCCUGAAAGCAUCAUAGACCCCUACACAACCCCGCAUAUUCCCAAACUUCCAACUCAUGACGAGCUACCUGCUGAGAUGGAAACAAAAGAGUACCUGAAAAUCAUCGAGGACGAUGCCGAGACAUUGACGACCACCGCAGGGCUCCAGAGCCUUAAUUCCAAGCAAAAACGGCUAGAGGAAGAUUUAGUCAAAACAGUCAUGAAUAGACCCUUGUUUGCAAUUCCAGCCAGCAAAUUCGUAGGCCACGACAGGUUCCAGGAUAAGAGCUUGACCAUCACAGCGAACUUUGUUCUCUAUGUUUUUGAAAUCAUGUUGGGCAUCACCUGUGUGACGUUGUCGGGGGUCUUGCUCAACCAGGACACUGCUGUUGGCGUUGGAAUUUAUAGGUAUUUUAUUGCAGACAGUGUUGUAUCCACGGCAGUGGCCAUUUUGUUCAUUACUCGAGUUAUUAACUUCGAGAAGAGAAAUGGAAGCUUCUACUGCUUGGCUGCUGCGCUAAUGAAAAUCGUGUCGUUCGUCAUGGUUACUUCCCACAUUAUUCCUAUGGAUUGCACGAAGAGGAAUAUCUGCGACAUGAGAAAGGCAGUCAGUGCCUUCAUGAUAGUUUCCACUUUCUUGUGGGAAGGAAACCUCGUCAUGUUCUUGACUACGUUGUACAUUUCCAGGCUCAACUUGUUGGACGACAUUAAUUUUGACUUCAGUGAAAAAGGCUUGAGCCACGAGUAUAAUACAAAGCAGGGUCAUGUUCCUCUUGCGCCACACUUGAACCCAUUGACUGGCGAGCCUCUCAAGGAAUACUAUCUCAACGAGCAUGGAGAAAUGUACCAACUUGAUGAAACUAUGGACGUCAGGGGAAAGAACAAAAUUAUCGUCUACACAUUCUAGAACGAUUGUUUUCGCAACUUGAAAUUCCUUCAGAGUAGUGACAUUUUUUGCACCCAGAUCCAAUUAGUAACAUAUAGAGAUUUCUAAUACACUUAAUAUUCA